CAGGCAUGCAGCCCGGGAGCAGGCGGCGCGCCCCGGGCCGGUGCUGAGCCGGCCGGGGCGGCGGGGACCAGCGCCUGCCGAGCCCCUCCCACCUUGCCCCGGGGCCCGCGAGCUGCGCUCCCGAACCCCCUCUUCGCCCGCAGCCCCGCCAGCGCCACCCCCCCACCCCCCGCGGGCCGCAGGGGCUCAUGCAGCCGCCAAGGGAGAGGCUAGUGGUAACAGGCCGAGCUGGAUGGAUGGGUAUGGGGAGAGGGGCAGGACGUUCAGCCCUGGGAUUCUGGCCGACCCUCGCCUUCCUUCUCUGCAGCUUCCCGGCAGCCACGUCCCCGUGCAAGAUCCUCAAGUGCAACUCUGAGUUCUGGAGCGCCACGGCGGGCAGCCACUCCCCCACCUCGGACGACGCCCCCGAGUUCUGCGCGGCGCUGCGCACCUACGCCCUGUGCACGCGGCGCACGGCCCGCACCUGCCGGGGCGACCUGGCCUACCACUCGGCCGUCCAUGGGAUAGAGGACCUCAUGAGCCAGUACAACUGCUCCAAGGAUGGCCCCACGUCGCAGCCGCGCCUGCGCACCCUCCCGCCGCCGGGCGACAGCCAGGAGCGCUCCGACAGCCCCGAGAUCUGCCACUACGAGAAGAGCUUCCACAAGCAUGCGGCGGCCCCCAACUACACGCACUGCGGCCUCUUCGGGGACCCGCACCUCAGGACUUUCACCGACCGCUUCCAGACCUGCAAGGUGCAGGGUGCCUGGCCGCUCAUCGACAACAAUUACCUGAACGUACAGGUCACCAACACGCCCGUGCUGCCCGGCUCGGCCGCCACCGCCACCAGCAAGCUCACCAUCAUCUUCAAGAACUUCCAGGAGUGCGUGGACCAGAAGGUGUACCAGGCUGAGAUGGACGAGCUCCCGGCCGCCUUCGCCGACGGCUCCAAGAACGGUGGGGACAAGCACGGAGCCAACAGCCUGAAGAUCACAGAGAAGGUGUCGGGCCAGCACGUGGAGAUCCAGGCCAAGUACAUCGGCACCACCAUCGUGGUCCGCCAGGUGGGCCGAUACCUGACUUUCGCCGUCCGCAUGCCGGAGGAGGUGGUCAACGCCGUGGAGGACCGGGACAGCCAGGGCCUCUACCUCUGCCUGCGCGGCUGCCCCCUAAACCAGCAGAUCGACUUCCAGGCCUUCCGCGCCAACGCCGAGGGCCCCGGCACCCGCAGGCCAGCCGCCGCCAGCCCCGCGCCCGCAGCCCCCGACACCUUCCCGUACGAGACGGCCGUGGCCAAGUGCAAGGAGAAGCUGCCCGUGGAGGACCUCUACUACCAGGCCUGCGUCUUCGACCUGCUCACCACGGGCGACGUGAACUUCACGCUGGCCGCCUACUACGCCCUGGAGGACGUCAAGAUGCUGCACUCCAACAAAGACAGGCUUCACCUGUACGAGAGGACUCGGGAGCCGCCGGGCCGGGCCGCCGCGGUGGGGAUGCCCCCCGCCCCCCGGCCGCUCCUGGGCAGCCUCCUGCUCCUCACGCUGCUCCCCGCCGUCCUGGAGGCUGUCGCCGCGUAGGGCAGAGAGGCGGGCGCUGCCUGUCCCUGAGCCGGGGGGGUGGG